UGGAAAAUGUCAAAGUUUAUAGUGUAUUUUCAUAAGUGAAAAUUUAGUCAUUAAUUCCUAUACGAAUAAUUAGCUUAAUUAUUUAUAUUUGAAUUUAAAUAAAUAUUUUAUUUAGAUAAAGUGAAUUUGUUAAAAGUAGACUGUAAAACGGUGUGAUUACAAACUCGUAAAAAAUGGCUUCGAAUUCAUCUAGUUUCACAUCCCCGUCCGAUAAUAGUGCACCUACAAGUUGCAGUACCAGUAGCAGUAUGGAAACAAUGGACGUUACACCUUUACCUUCAUCAAAGGAUAUCAUAUCAUCAACUGAGAAUGGUACCGAAAAAGAUCCAAUAUCUGCCGAAGAAAUGACCUCACGUGAUUAUUAUUUUGAUUCAUACGCUCAUUUUGGUAUUCACGAGGAGAUGUUAAAGGAUGAAGUGCGUACUUUAACGUACAGAAAUUCAAUGUACCACAAUAAACAUCUAUUUAAAGGUAAAACAGUACUAGACAUCGGUUGCGGUACUGGUAUAUUAUCGAUGUUUGCUGCAAAGGCGGGUGCGGCACGUGUUAUUGCCAUUGAAUGCUCAAAUAUUGUGGAAUAUGCACGAAAAAUAAUUGAAGCAAAUCGUUUAAACGAUAUAAUCACAAUCGUUAAAGGUAAAGUUGAGGAAGUUACUUUACCGGAUGGUCUAACUGGUGUAGAUAUCAUCAUAUCCGAAUGGAUGGGUUAUUGUUUAUUUUAUGAAAGUAUGUUAGAUACUGUAUUAUAUGCAAGAGACAAAUGGCUGAAACCAGGUGGAUUAUUAUUCCCUGAUCGGUGUUCACUAUUUAUAACUGGUAUUGAAGAUCGUCAAUAUAAAGAUGAAAAAAUCAAUUGGUGGGAUGAUGUUUAUGGUUUUGAUAUGAGCUCAAUCCGAAAAGUAGCGAUUAGUGAACCUUUAGUAGAUGUUGUCGAUCCAAAACAGGUAGUUACAAAUGCUUGCCUUGUAAAAGAAGUUGAUUUGUACACAGUCCAAAAAGCAGAUUUAGAUUUUUCGUCACCGUUUCAUUUACAAGUACGGCGUAAUGAUUAUAUACAAGCAUUAGUGACAUUCUUUAAUGUGGAAUUUACAAAAUGUCAUAAACGAUUAGGAUUUAGUACCGCGCCAGAAGCACCCUACACACAUUGGAAACAAACAGUAUUCUAUUUCGAUGAUACAAUGAUUGUGAAAAAGAACGAAGAAAUUUAUGGUGUAUUUUCAAUGAAACCUAAUAAUCGUAAUAAUAGGGAUUUAGAUUUCAUUAUUGAGUUGGAUUUUAAAGGUGAAUUGGGUGAAGUACAUGAAACAAAUAGAUAUAGAAUGCGUUAAUUUAUUUAACAAAUUCAUGCUCUACACUACUUUUUGUGAAAUGUAUUUCAAUCGAUUGCUUUAUUCCUCCAUUUUCUAUUUUAUAAUAGGAUAAUAGCAACCAACUCCCAAAAAAAAGACAGUUUUUUCAGAUUUAUAAAAUUGUACAUGACACGUAAAAAUGCAUGCGUUAGCCUAGAUCUAGAUUCAAUACUAGAUGAAGGGUUUGGUUUCUCAGUAUAUCAAAACAAAUCUAACAGUUUGGAUUUGAAAUUUAUAAUAAAAAAAAGUGUUAAAAUGUUUGAUAAUUCAUUCUGAUCUGAUUGAGAUUAUAUAGUUUUUUAAAUGUCCAUUGUUUUGUAUAACGAAUUAUCCUAUAGGUUUUGUAUUUGUAAAUUAAAAAGAAGGAAAAAUCAGUCCUAAUUUAUUUUAGUCUUCAAAAACUGAUUAUUAUUCCAUUUAUUAAGAUCACAUAAAAAUGUUUUUAAACGAAUUUCCAAUAAGACAUCACUAUUUGAAGCCAUGCUGUCAUUUUCAUAAAGGAUUCAGUGGCAGAGAAUGUGGGAUCUUAAUAAAUGGAAUUGAUAGCUGCUUAAAAGAAUUAAUUUGUAUUUUUUUUUUUUUACCAAUUAGAUUUUUUAUUUUCAUCAGAAAAAUAAAAUCCGAGUCUUAUAUUUAAAAAAAGUGUAUUUUGACUUGUUAAUAAA